AUGUAUAAUCCUCAGGGAAAGACGCAGAUGCGAUGUUCGAGCACACAACAUGAAGCAAGGUAUAGUAUUUUUUUAUGCAAAUCUUCUUUUAACCAUCUCAUUACCUUGAAAUCUUGCUCCAAAACCUACGGGAUCUGGCCUGCACGUGCUUCAUUACUUAAGCCCGAUGUAUCUUCCACUUUUGCUAUCAACCUGAUAAUGAAAUUGGCCCAAAGAUUGAAAAGUUUCUCAGUCCUCCUUUGUCGAUUGAUCCCGGAAAAACUGCAUUCGGUCGUUUGCUGACAUGGUAUCGAUCAUGGCAUCCAUGCCUGUAUCUCACAAGCUAUUUCGACAAAGUAGCAAACCGAGUAAUGUGUAUUCGUUUAUUUCUAUUGCCUGUGGGAUCACGGUACAGUUGCAUGAUGGAGCUAGAGUGGCAAUGUGGAGAGACGGUUACAUAGGUGACGCGCGCACAGACACAAAUCGCGUAGGCCAGCCGUGGACGAGGGAUUGAGAUGGACGCAUUCUGAUGGAUGUGAGGAGUUCAUGCUGGACACGGCCUCGUCUGGAAUUAAUCGAGGCGUGUCUUCUGGUAUUAUCUUUACAACUGCUGUCUAACCCCGUGGUAAAAAGGUACCUGAGUGGUUAUGUGCCAAGUAUAGAUACAGCGUACAUCAAUUGAUAUGUAAUCAGUAAAGACUAGAAGGGAAUCAAGGGGUGCAGCGUCUGCGCGCGGCUCGCGAACAUCAGCUCUUGAGCUUAUUAAUUAUCUGUAACGGCGCCCAUAUCAAACCACUAAAUAUGCAAUCAUGUCAAUCUAUACCUUACUUUGGUGUGGAAAAAGACGAGGGGUUGUAACACAGUCUUGAUUUCAAAUGCAAGUCGUCAUGUCGUCAUGUGCGAGGGCAGAAGGGCCAUCACAUCAAGAUGCUCAGCCUUACAAUAUAGAGGUGCCAGACGCUGCCCUCGAGAAACUCAAGCGUAGACUCGCAGACGCAGAUUACCCCGACGAACUUGACGCAGCAGAUCAAUGGCCCUACGGAUCCCCUUUAUCCGACGUCAGGAGAUUGGCAGAACGGUGGCAGCAGGGCUUCAACUGGCGGGCCACCGAAGCAGAACUCAACACACUACCCAACUACCGUAAGAAGAUCAGUGUCGAUGGGUUCGGAGACGUGGAUGUGCAUUUUGUAUGGCAGAAGAGUGGCAAACCGAACGCCAUCCCACUCCUUUUUUGCCAUGGAUGGCCUGGUUCAUUCAUCGAGGUCAAGAAAAUACUCCCUCUACUAGGAUAUGCUAGCGAAGACAAACCCACGUUCGACAUCGUUGCGCCUUCACUCCCAAAUUUUGGAUUCAGUCAGCGAAUCAGCAAACCUGGCUUUGCGCUAAAGCAGUAUGCAGAAACAGCUCAUCGCUUGAUGCUCGACCUAGGAUACUCCAAAUAUGUGACUCAAGGUGGAGAUUGGGGUUUCUACGUUACGCGCAUCAUGGGUGUCUUGUAUCCCGAUCAUGUGCUUGCGAGCCACAUCAACAUGAUUCGCGCGCUGCCGCCCACAUUCUCAUCGAAUCCGGUACUUGCGUUACAGCAUAGCGUCACGCCUUACAGCGAUGCCGAGAAGAAAGGGCUCGAGCGAUCGGACUGGUUCCAGAAUGAAGGUUCAGGAUACCGGAAUCUCCAAGGUACUAAGCCUCAGACGCUUGGGUACGCUUUUGCAGACUCGCCAGUUGCUCUCCUGGCAUGGAUCUACGAGAAAUUGAGGGACUGGACGGAUGAAUAUCCCUGGACCGACGAUGAGAUCUUGACCUGGGUGAGCAUCUAUUGGUUCAGUACCGCGGGCCCAAAUGCACACAUCAGAAUAUACUACGAGGCAGCGCACAACUCCACCCCUGAAGUGCCGAGCCGAAGACGAGCGAGCGAGUGGGUAGACAGAGUCAAGCUCGGGCUGGCGCAUUUUCCGAAAGAGCUGACUGUUGUGCCGAGAAUUUGGGGUAGGACUUUGGGCUCGGUUGUGUACGAGAGCGACAAUGACAAAGGCGGGCACUUUGCAGCUUGGGAAAGGCCAGAUGUCAUUGCAGGGGAUCUGCAGAAGAUGUUCCAGAAAGGAGGGCCGUGUUUCUCUAUUGUACCUGAGAGGAAUGGGUAUUGAGACAUGUGGAGUUAUAUUUGGCCACAAGACACAAGGAUGUACGAUGAUGAUGUUCGCACUCAAGCC